AUGCUCAAGCAGUGGGACGAAGCGACGCGAGCGCAGCGCAAGAGCUACUUGCAGGCGUUCGUGGCGCAGUACGGAGGCGCGACGUCGGGACCGGUCGACCUGGAGCACGCGCUCGGUACGACCACGACGCUCUACUUGUCACGAAUCCUCUCGUGGCUGCGUCUUGGCUGCACCGACGGCUUUGGCCUCACGCAGCACGUCCAAGCACUUCAGAUCUUCCUGCACGCCAACCACAGCCUUCUCCAAGACUUUAUCGAUAUGGACGGCGUGCGCAUCCUUCUCUAUGUGCUCACGUUUGCGAGUGACGUGGCGCUCGAGGCCGACUGCGUCCAAGUGAUCGCGCUCCUCCAGUACAUUGGCCGCGCGGGUCGUACGUACAAGGAGUACAUAAGCUCGUGCGACGCCGAGCGCAGUGUGAUCCAGAGCUGCAUCGCGCGAGGCCACGCAACGUGCGAGACGCCGGUGUGGCUCGCGUGCCGAAGUUUCUUGAUCGAGCAGAGCACGGGCAACCCGGCGUCGAUGGCGACCACGUACGCCGCGCUCGAGUUUCUCAUUGACCAGCCCACCGACAGCGUCAAGUGCCUCGGGUCUCAAAUUUUGCGCGAAUUGAUUUCAAAGAAAUCACCGUAUUUUGACGCGCGCUUUUGCAAGCUCCAGCUCGACCACUCGAUCGCUGUCUCGAUGGCACUCCUCCAUCACACCAACUACCGCGUCCAGUACGAAGCGCUCGAGCUCAUUCACAUCAUCCUCGAGAACCCGUCGCUGCAUGUGCCCCUCUGCACGGCCAUGCUCGACUGGUUUCGCCGCUGCGCCGUUGUCAAAGAGCACAAUGUACCCAACGAUGCAGAAGAGCUGGUCGAAGUCGAGUGCUUUGUGCACCUCAAGUCGCCGGUCAUGCGCCUCUGCCGCUGCUUUGACAGCAUCAUUUUCGAGUGCCCCCAAAUCGCUGAUAUUGCUAUCCGCCUGGGCGCGAUGGACAUCUUGGUCUACGUCAUCUUGGCCGCCAACGAAGGGUCGCUCAAGUGGCAUGCGGCGUGGUUCACGCUCCUCCUCAUGACGGCCCGCGCCACCGACGAGGACCCGUACGCGACGCUGGCAGCGAUAUGCGCUCGGGAGAGCGACGAGGUGCGGGCCGCGCUCAUCGAGAAGGCCGCCGACAUCAUGUCGCCGGCCGACGAGCACGAAUUUAGCGACUGCACGAGAGCGCUUCUGGGCGACGCACUGCACCGAAAGAAGAUUUGGCGCUACCUCCACCGCUUGGGCUGGCCGAUCCUGCGUCACGACGGCAACGACGAGGCCGGGACCCACGACGCGGAGCUCAAAGCCAUCGAGGUGCAGGUCGAGGAGGCGAUAGCGAAUGUCGCCAACGACCCCAUGUUUGACGACGACGUCCUCGACGCGACGCCGACGCUGCUGCACGAUGACCAUUUUUACGUGCAAAAGCUGCACGAGCACUUCCAGCACUAUCGUCUGCCGAAGCGCUUGAUCUAA